GUUUUGAUAACAAAUUUAUCAAACCAAAUGUUUCUCAUUCGUCCCGUAAAGUUUAAAGUAUAGACAUCGAAAAUUUUAAAAAAAAGUUACGAAAUAUGUGCUUAAAAAUUGUAAUUUUGCUGUUUAUUGCAAUAAGCUCAGUGUCUUCACAAGAAUUUCUGUUCUGCUUAUACGGAAAUGUUAACGAAACCUACACGUGCAGCAUUAAUAUAGGCAAUCCAUUUGAAAAGUUGGAUUUUACUCACAUCAAUGGAACACAUUGGCCUGGUUAUAAUGAUGAUGACGUCUUGGCUGUUAUUACUGGAUACUCGACGUCAUCAAUAAAUAUUCCGCCUAUAAUUUGCAAUAAAUUCCAAAACACCGAGACACUUUCGUACCGUUCAAUGGGACUAGGAAUUAUUCUUAAUGAAGCAUUUGCUGGAUGUACAAAGGUCAAGUCCAUCGACUUGUCAAACAACAGAAUCACUCUUGUUGAUGAAAAUUCAUUUAUUGAGAAUGUUAUGCUUGAAAAACUUCACUUUGGGUCAAAUGAAUUGGUGAGCCUACCUGAAAGUGUGUUCCUUAAUGUCCCAAAUUUAGUUCAUUUGUACUUGGAGAAGAACAACAUUAGCGACUUACCAGCUGAUAUAUUCAAGUCCCAAGAGAAUGUAAAGGAAUUAAAUCUUAACAACAAUCAACUUACAAACCUCAAGUCUGAAUGGUUUGAUAACCUUAAAAGCCUUAAUAUAUUGAGAUUAGGAUCCAAUACUUUUGAGAUGAUUCCUGACAACACCUUUAAAGGUUUGACAAGUUUACAGCAAGUCUUUCUGGACGGCAACAAUCUUGAAUACAUUCAUUCAGCUUCAUUUGGACGUCUACCAAAAUUGGAAGUUAUGAAUUACAUGAACAAUCAAAUCAAAGCAAUUGAUGCGAGAAUCCUUAACGUAACUGGAGUCAGUGUAAUGAUCAUGCUGGGAAAUGUUUGUGCGAAUGGAUUUAUUAAUGAUAAUUCAACUGGCAGAGAUCAAAUGAGGGCCUUUUUAGCACAAUGCUUUGAUAAAUAUGAGGAAUUAUUUCCAUCUUGUCCAGAUGAAAAUGUAAACGAACGAGUUUGUAAACUUGAGGAUGAGAACCGCGAACUUUUGUUUAAAACUGAGACUUUAGCAAGGGAAAAGCAGGAACUUGAGAGGAAACUCGAUGAUCAAGUCAAAGUUUUUAAUGCAGCAAUCAUGAAUUUGCAGAAUCAAAUCAACGAGCUAAGAGUUCUACCAACAACAACUACAACAACAACUACGAUUGCUCCUUCAACAACCAAAGAAGAAACUUCGACAUCAGCUUCAUUUAUAGAAUGCGAAACAUCCACUUCAGACUCAUCAACAUUAACUCAAGAAUCUAUUUUACCAACAUCAGCUUCAGAUUCAUCAACUAAUAAACAGAUGUAGUCAGAAACCACUAGAGCUGAAUCACUAACAAUAAUAACAGAAGCAUUAAACUUUUGAAGCUGAGACUAUAAAAAUUGUGAAAAAAAAAAAUUAAUAAAAUAAACUUUAAAGCCCCCCAA